ACAGUCGCUAGUGAGAGAUCGCGGGCCUUCACCUUGGAGCAGCCUUAUCUGGUAUGACGAGACCACACGACCUACCUGAAAUCGAGGUGAAGUCGCCUUGCGCCUGCGGAUAGCUCAAGUUUGCCCAUCUUCGAAAUUAACGUUGCCUACUCGACAUCUUCUCCCGUACACACCUUCUCGACAACCUUGACUGCGCACCCUUGAGACCAAUACAGCAACUCAAUCAUGUCCGACACCGACCCUAAGACUCCAAGCAAAGGUGGCGCCGCAGCUGCUGCUACCGGUGCAGCAUGGACCGACACCGAGCGCAUGGCGUACCUCAUCGUGAUCGCCGAACACGCUCUCGAAGCGCCCAUCGAAUCCAAGAUAUCUCAAGCUCCCGUCCCCGGCGGCCGCAACGUCAACGCGUGCCGCAAGAUCAUCAAGAAGCUCAAGGACAGGCUCAAGGACGAUAUCGAGAAUAUCAAGGCCGGUCGCCCUGUCGUUUCUUCUGUUGAUGGCGACACCGCUGCUACGCCCGGCAAAGCCACUCCCCGCAAGCGCAAGACCGAUAGCGGCGAGGACGGAGACGCUUCACCUAAGAAGAAAGCUACUCCGCGCAAGAUGAAGAGCGAAGCCACCGUUAAAGACGAGGAGGAGGUCAAUGGCGAGGUCUAGUGCAUCGGUUGACGCUUACGAAGUAGUGCUUGGGUGCUGCGAGUUCAUCUUGGCUGGGCGCUCAGCGUCAGA